GACAAAGGCAUCCAAUGCUCGGAAGUGAUGAUCGUUGAGCGCGUGUUUCCGCGCCGCGAGUACUACUUCGCGCUGAUGAUGGAGCGCGCGUUCAACGGCCCCGUCAUCAUCGCCUCCUCGCAGGGGGGAGUGGCCAUCGAGGACGUGGCCCGCGACUCGCCCGAAGCCAUCGUCACCCAACCCAUCGACAUCGAGAAGGGAGUGGACAGAGAGUUGGCGUCUUCGGUGGUGAAGAAGUUGGGAUUCCACGCGUCGAGUCACGAGCAGGCCGUCGACCUCAUCAUCAAACUCUACGAAGUGUUCAUCGCGAAGGACGCGCUUAUGGUCGAAAUCAAUCCCAUGAUCGAAGACACUGAGGGACAGGUGCUGUGUUUGGACGCGAAGGUGCGCUUCGACGACAACGCCGAGUUCCGACAGAAGGAGAUCUUCGCCCGGAAGGACACGACGCAAGUGGACGAGCGCGAGCUCAAGGCCUCGCAAUACAACCUCAACUUCAUCGCUCUGGACGGAGACAUCGGGUGUUUGGUGAACGGCGCCGGCCUCGCGAUGGCCACGAUGGACAUCAUCAAACUGCACGGCGGCAAUCCGGCCAACUUCCUGGACGUGGGCGGCGGCGCGACCGCACAACAGGUGACCGAAGCGUUUCGUCUCAUUUCUUCGGACUCCAAAGUUCAGGCGAUUUUAGUGAACAUUUUCGGCGGAAUCAUGAGAUGCGAUGUCAUCGCCGAAGGAGUGAUUGAGGCGGCGAAGACUCUCAAACUCAAGAUCCCGAUCGUGAUUCGUCUGCAAGGCACUCAAGUGGACGACGCAAAGACUCUGAUCGCGACGAGUGGUCUCCGCAUCCUUGCGUGCGAUAACUUGGAAGAAGCGGCCAAAAUGGUGGUCAAGAUGUCGGCCAUUGUGGGUUUGGCGCGCUCGGCGUCGGUCGACGUGAACUUUGAACUCCCGAUUUAAUGCCUUUGAUUGCGAUUUGUAAAUAGAUUACAAUUUAUUCACUUUCUGUUGUUUUAUAGUUCCGACAAUUAUUUAUUGAAUUCAAAACACAUUUUUGUCGCGAAAUUAGUCUUCAAUCCAAAACUCAUUCAAUUUUUCGUUAAUCUAAAGAGUAUUUCGAGUUAUUAUUACUUAAAACACAGUUUAUUAUUAUUUUGUCACUAAAACGUGAAUCUCUCACAAAAUAAUGUGUUAUUCUUUUUACAAAUUAUAUUUAGGAAUAAAUAUGUGUCUUUAAAAGCG